CUUCUUCUAAUGUAGCAGCAACUGACUGGGGGCCUUGUAUGCGACUAUUGGAUCACUUUCUCAGUUGACUACGGCUAAAUCUACCUCGAAUUACCUUGUCAUUCACUGUCCCCGACGCCUCUUUCCCUUCGAGCAAGACCGACAUGUAAAGACUUGCGGAACCACCUCGAGGUCCACGCAGGAGAGAUGUUACUAGUCAUGCCACUCGCCUUGCAUCGCACGACAUCUUCGGCCUUUGCUACUUCCGCAUCUGUCACAUGCUCGCCACAUAUGCACUCCGACAAUGUUGUCAAGACCUCCACCAUCCGUUUACGGCCUGAGCGAGAUGGUCGACUGCUGGCAACGUCACUUGGAACGUCACCCGAGAUGGUGGUGGUCUCAGAAACCGAGAUAGUUUGUUGAGUUCGGGACGUCGUGGGGACACAUGAAGUGCCACCCAUAGUGGCAUUGUCAUGAUCGUUGACAAUGUCUUGAACAAUAUCAGGUGCGUCUGGGUUGUCAGUGGUCUAUAAAAUCAGUAUUAGCUGACGUCGACCGCACUGGGAGUGCAUAAUCAUAUUAGAUGUCCCACUCACCUUAUCGAAAACAUGCGUGUCCUCCGGUUCCAUCUCGCCCCUAUCGCCCCUAUCGCCACCCUGUCCUCCAUCACCUGUGCCCUGCCCAGCCGCACCAGACGACUCGUCCUCAGCAUCCUGCCACACAUUCUCAGCUUCUUGACGGAGAUCCUCCGUCUGUCCGUUCUUGUCCUUACUGCGAACCUGAGGACUUUCCACGGCAUCAAAGUCUCAAUGAACAGGACCGAAUACGAACUUUAAUGUAGCGCUCGCACUAUGUGCUUCGGAGAUCACCAAUCUCGUGCGGCAAUGUUGACCAGGCGGAGGUUAACUUGCUUGCAUACGGACCGGAUCCCGACAUACUCGCGUCAGGGAUGCCAAAACUUUCCUAUCAGACCUUUGUCGUCAAUCCGACCGUGGACUCCCUCGCACCGGCCCUCCAGCAGUCUGACGAACAUAUGAAGUCAGCACAGACCCUUCACAAGGAGUGUCGGAAGUGGGCCAAGCGAGCGAAGGCCUCCAUGCCCUACUUCCGUGGCGACUUCGAUAUUGCUGAGCUCGCGAGUCGUCCGAAGAACUCGUUGAAGGAGAUCAAGAGGCUGAAGGUGCUGAAGGUGCUGAUCAAGGAUUCCCUCGCUCAUCAGGAAGCACAGGCUACCACGGGUGCUUGGAUCGACAAGCAUAAUCGUCUCGCCGCUAUCGUACUUUCCGACCGUAUUCUUCCGCAACAUCCUCCGGCCAAUCCUCCGUCCAAGCCUGAUGCCCCACCUCUGCCGUGUCCUACAGCACAAAAACAACGUGAUCCAUCCGAUUUGCACGAGUAUAUCCCUUCGACAGCCGACAUCCAUCCCAUAUACGAACAAUACAAGAAUCGUCGAGUCGCGGACGUAAACACCGCGCGAGCAAAUGGCCAGUCUGUCGUUCGUGAUGGAUUCUCGGGAGCAAUUCUCGAGCGCGCUGUCGAAGCUGCUCAAAUAUUUCACGCCCAUAACCUUCCCCAUUGUGCCGAGCGCGAUAUACGCCAUGUCGAAAACAACCACAAAGACCUUCGAUUGAUGCCGUUCGACGAGCCAAUGCUCAAUGACGUGCCCCUUCCUCUCCCUAGCCCAUCAUCGAAUCCUACCGAACUACCCCCAGGCGAUUCACCAUUGAGCGCGAUCGAAUCUGGUGACGAAUCUGAUGAGGAGGAGGAUACACCCUUUGAUGUCUUAUAUGGGAACGCGAGGACGGGGUUGGAGGAAGGCGGGAUGAGAAGCAUGGAGUGCAACGAUAGUGGAGGUGCUGCUGCGAAGAAGUCAAAGAAGGCGGAGAGGACAGGUGCUACCCAUCUUAUCCACGGUGGUGCUAUGCAAGGGCGGAAGACGGCGAUGUACCAUUCUGCCGAUUUUGGCGACACCGUCACCAGGCGCCAAGUCGCGACAUGGUACUUCCUUGCGACGGAUCCCAUUGCUGUUCGGAUUGCAGCGUAUUUCGAAGUCUUUUGGCCUCGCUUCUACGCCAAAUAUCGGCAAGCGUUCGAUGCUGGAGUGUGGGUCCGUGAGGAUCGCGGGCCUUUCCUCGGGCGUGUCUUGGUCUAUAAACUCCAGGUCAGCCUUCGUCAAGAUCGCGGAGACUUCGGGCUCACCGUCACAUUCAAUGCGGGGUGUUUCGAAGGUGGCGAAUACUACUUCCCUGACUUACACGCCAAGCUUAGAUAUGCGCCGGGCGAUAUUGUGAUCGCCCUCAGUGGUAUUCUGUAUCACUCUGUUGCAGAAUGGCGCCCUGUCCCAGUUCCCGACUCUUGGGUCAGAAGGAAUUUAACGCCUGGUCGAAUCUCCCACGUUUUUUUCUUUCCAAAGAAGUCUUCUGGGCUCUUCGAACUGCAGGCGGCAAAUGUCCCGACGCCCAGUGGCUCAGAACUAUUGCGUGAAGAUCGAAUGUACAUAUUUUGUUGUUAUGCUCUGUGAUACCGUCCCCUUGUCGCCCUUUCGCGCAAGCCUAAUCAGUGCCACAUGUGUU